AUGAUGUCCUCAAGGCUCAUGCGGCCAGCUUUCGCUGCCGCUCGUCGUACAGCUCCCCGAACAGCUAUCCGCACCUACGCUGCUCCUGCAAGCGCAGACACCAAGCCCCCCGUCGCUCUGUUCGGUGUCGACGGAACAUAUGCAAACGCUUUGUAUACGGCCGCCGCCAAACAAAACGUGUUGGACCCGACCUCCAAAGCAAUCUCCAGCCUUUCUCAGAUUCUCAAGUCCGACCCUAAACUGCAAACCAUCAUCGCGGCACCCACGCUCUCGGAUUCCGACAAGUCCCAAAUUGUCGCGGAACUCGAGAAGCACACCGGUGGUGUCGACAAGACCGGCACCGUCAAGAACUUCCUCUCCGCGCUCGCCGAGAACAACCGUCUGGGCCUGCUCGAGAGCGUGUGCGAAAAGUUCGGCACCCUCAUAAGCGCCGCCAAGGGAGAGGUGGAAUUGACCGUCACAAGUGCAAGCAAACUCGACGAUAAAUUACUCAAACGUCUCGAAGCGGCCAUCGCCAAGUCGGAAUACAGCCAGGGCAAGAAGCUCAAGACCGUGACAAAAGUCAACCCAGAUAUCCUCGGCGGUCUCGUUGUGGAAAUCGGCGAGCGCACCAUCGACCUGAGCGUGGCUAGCAAGAUCUCCAAGAUGAACAAGAUGCUUACUGAUACCGUGUAA